AUGGGCAGCAAAUUGCGAAUGCCACCAUUACUCAUACUUGUGAUGUGCUGCGAUUCGAUAAUGGGUGGAUCCAUUCGAAGUAAACAAACGUGGACAUAUCGCAUCAGAUCGACCCGAAUGGCGACCAAUAAUGAAUCGUUGGCCGGUGGUGAAACGCAUUUGGAACGCGAAGGUCGCGGCGAAUAUACGAUGAGUGGUUAUUUGUAUUUCAACGUGGACAUUCCACAGGAUCUUGAGGGCGAGGUUAAUAUCUAUCGGAGCAAUGAUGGUGGAGCAACCUAUAAACUCGAGCCAUAUUCGGUGCCGCGUACAGUAGUCUACCAUACGAUGAAUACAUUCUACAAGGAUAUCGUUAUGUCAUCAGCGGCAAAUUGUUCAAAUUUUCCGCAAUUCAAGGACAAAAUCGAACUAAUUAGAGCACAGACAUUUACGUACAACAAGUGUCUAUUGAGCCCCGAUGGAUUUCCCACAUAUCUGCCCGAUGGCAUUUAUAAAUUCGAAAUGCAAUCCUUCGGUAUGAUCGAGCUCUUUUUCGAGGCACUCGUCGAAGUGACGCAGAAAACGUUCUGA